AUGGUCGAUCCCAACAAAUCAUCUUCACAAAGGACUAUCGUCAUUCUCGGUGGCUCAUACGGAGGCGUAUCAACGGCACAUUACCUCCUCAAGCACGUCCUGCCGGGGCUGCCUAGCCAGCAUGUGUACCAGGUGGUUCUCGUCAGCCCCUCGGUUCAAGUCAUGUGUCGGCAGGCUUGCCCUCGAGCGUUGAUCUCCGAAGACAUGUUUCCUCAAGACAAGCUCUUCGUCGACAUCUCCUCCGUGUUCAACUCGUAUGUCAAUGACACGUUCCAAUUCAUCCAGGCAACGGCAACAGCACUGGACCAUUCCAAGCAGACUGUAACACUCAGCUUGGCAAGCGAUAAAGGCGUCAAGACACUCACUUAUUACGCAGUAGUCAUUGCGACUGGUGCAUCAACCCCUUCGCCUCUUCUCGGUCUCAACCACGACUCGCAGAGUCUGAGGCAGAGCUGGGCUGAGUUUCGAAAGGCUCUGCCAAAGGCAAAGAGUAUCGUCAUUGCUGGUGGGGGCCCAGCGGGAGUUGAGACCGCCGGGGAGCUCGGUGAAUAUCUCAACGGUCGACCGAAUUGGUGGAAGAGCGUACUGGACAACCCAAAAGCUGCCAUUACUCUUGUGACUGCCGCAACUCAGAUUCUUCCCGCGCUCCGCCCGUCCAUCGCGCAAAAGGCCGAGGCUUAUCUCGCCCAGGUUGGAGUCACCGUUCUCAAAGGUCUUCGGGUCGCGGCUGUACACCCCGCCGUAGCUGGAGCUGACGAAGUCGCGGCAAACGCAACCGUCACCCUCGACAACGGCAAGACGCUCGAUGCAGACCUUUAUAUCCCGGCAACAGGAACAAGACCAAACACUGAUUUCAUCGACAGCAGCCUCCUCCUUCCAGACGGCAGAGUGAACACCAAUCCUUCGACCCUUCGCAUCGACAAAGCUGGGCCCCGAGCCUACGCCAUUGGUGACGCAUCCUCAUUCGCAAGGCCUGCCGUCCACAACAUCCUGAGCGCCAUCCCUAUCCUGUGCUCCAACAUCAAGCGCGAUUUUCUCCUGGCUUCAGAGAAACUGGAGCUUGCGGAAGGCAAGGACAGACUAUUUGCAGAAGAUACCCGCGAGACCCAAAUGGUGCCAAUCGGCAGGAGCAAAGGCGUAGGGGCGGCCAUGGGGUAUCAGUUGCCUAGCUUCAUGGUUUGGAUGGUCAAAGGUCGGGAUUAUUGGUUAUGGACAACUGGGAAUCUCUGGAGCGGGAAACAAUGGGCCAAGGAGUCGUGA